AUGAUAGAUGUGGGGAAUGAACUUGGUGUUCCUUCUUAUUUGUUCUUCUCUUCUGGUGCAGCUUAUCUUAGUCUCUUGCUGUACCUUCCGACUCGAAAUGGUAGAGAAUUUGAAGAGUUUGAUGAUGAGUUGGUGAUCCCGGGUUAUGUUAAUCCAGUUCCAAGCAGUGGCCUGCCUCCAGUUUUGUUUAACAAAUAUGGAGGCUACACUACACUUAUGAACCAUGGAAGAAGACUCAAGGAGGCCAAAGGGAUUAUCGUCAACACAUUUGAGCAGCUGGAAUCUCAUGCGGUUAAGUGUUUGAUGAAUGAUACUGACUCUGUGCCACCAGUUUACAUAGUUGGACCGGUGAUUGAUCUCGAGAGUCAGAGUGACAAGCUAGUUUUAGAUGUGACGCGACGCACUGAGAUCAUGAAAUGGCUUGAUGAUCAACCUGAUUCAUCAGUUGUUUUCUUGUGCUUUGGAAGCUGGGGGAGCUUUGGAGAAGAGCAAGUGAAAGAAAUUGCUAUUGGAUUGGAGCAAAGUGGGGUGAGGUUCUUGUGGUCUUUACGGAAGCCACCAUUAGAAGACAAAUUUGAAGAGCCGAGUGAUUACAAGAUUGAUCACCUCCAUGAAAUCUUGCCAAAUGGGUUCUUGGAGAAAACAAAGGAGAUUGGUUUGGUGUGUGGGUGGGCGCCACAAAAGGAGGUAGUGGCUCAUAAAUCAGUAGGAGGAUUUGUGUCACAUGGUGGGUGGAACUCAAUAUUAGAGAGCUUGUGGUUUGGUGUUCCAAUUGUGACAUGGCCUAAGUAUGCUGAGCAGCAGCUUAAGGCAUUCCAAAUGGUGAAAGAUUUGGGGAUGGGUUUGGAGUUGAAAUUGGAUUACAAAAGCACUGGUGGAGAAGUAGUGUCAGGAGAUGAGAUAGCAGAAGCUAUAAAAUGUGUAAUGCAUGGUGCGAAAAAGGUGAGAAAAAGGGUGAAGGAGGUGAGUGAAAACAGCAGAUUAGCAGUUAUGGAAGGUGGAUCUUCAUUUAAUUCAUAUAGAGGCUUGAUUGAUGACAUAAUAAGAAACAAAGCCAUGAAAGAAGCUUAG